AUGACCUCAGAAAUCACCAAUCAGAUGGCGUCGACCAAGCUGAGGUAUGUGGAUGUUACCGCAACCAAGGGCCUUGAAUUCGAAGACUUCUUCAUUAAGCGUGAGCUCAUGAUGGGCAUCUUCGAAGCUGGCUUUGAGAAGCCGUCCCCGAUUCAAGAAGAGACGAUUCCAGUAGCUCUGACCGGCCGCGAUAUCCUUGCGCGAGCAAAGAACGGCACUGGAAAGACCGCCGCCUUCGUCAUUCCCACACUCGAGCGCGUGAACCCUAAGAUCUCCAAGACACAAGCGCUAAUCCUCGUACCCACCCGAGAGCUCGCUCUCCAGACUUCGCAAGUUUGCAAGACGCUUGGAAAGCACCUUGGCAUCAACGUCAUGGUGUCCACUGGUGGCACGGGUCUCAAGGACGACAUUAUCCGAUUGAGCGACCCAGUCCACAUCAUUGUUGGAACGCCAGGCAGAAUUCUGGACCUGGCAGGCAAGGGUGUAGCUGACCUGUCCACUUGCCAGACGUUCGUCAUGGACGAGGCUGACAAACUGCUGUCGCCCGAGUUCACCCCAGUUGUCGAACAACUGCUUGGAUUCCACCCGAAAGACCGCCAAGUCAUGCUGUUCAGCGCCACCUUCCCUAUCGUGGUUAAGACCUUCAAGGACAAGCACAUGAACUCCCCGUACGAGAUCAACUUGAUGGAUGAGCUGACUCUUCGUGGUAUCACGCAAUAUUAUGCUUUCGUCGAAGAGAAGCAGAAGGUGCACUGCUUGAACACCCUCUUCAACAAGUUGCAGAUCAACCAGUCCAUCAUCUUCUGUAACUCCACUAACCGUGUCGAGCUACUUGCCAAGAAGAUCACUGAGCUUGGAUACUCAUGCUUCUACUCGCAUGCACGCAUGCUGCAGCACAACCGCAAUCGCGUCUUUCACGACUUCCGCAACGGCGUCUGCCGAAACCUCGUAUGCUCUGAUCUUCUAACAAGAGGUAUAGAUAUCCAGGCUGUCAAUGUUGUCAUCAACUUCGAUUUCCCCAAGAACGCCGAGACUUACCUGCACCGUAUCGGUCGUUCUGGUCGUUUCGGACAUCUUGGUCUUGCUAUCAACCUCAUCAACUGGGAAGACAGGUUCAACUUGUACAGGAUCGAACAGGAGCUAGGCACUGAGAUCCAACCGAUCCCACAGGUCAUCGAGAAGAACUUGUAUGUGUACGAGUCACCGGAGAACAUUCCCCGGCCCAUCUCUAGCUCGCAGCGCCAGCCGGGCCAGCAGCAAGAGCAGGAUGGUACGGUUGUCCGCAACAACCAAGGCCAGAACCCUCGAGGCAACUUCCGCGGCGGACGUGGUGGUGGUGGUGGUGGUCAGUUCCAGGGACAGCGCCGCAACCCUCCACCAGGCCAAGGCCAGCCUCAACAAGGCCAGGGCAUGGGUCAGGUCCAACAACCCCGCCAGAACGGUCAACAGGCUCAACGCAACCCUCAGCGUCAGCCUACUGGCCCGCCUCAGGCAUAA